UGGAUUCUGGACACAGCUCCUGGCCUCAGCUGUGCUCGUGCGGCCCUUGGCUCCCAUUCUGCUUUCAAGACAGCAGCAAAAACUGAACAAAGCUUUUCUUCAUCACUUAUGGCCCAUCCUGGUUUAGAGAGGAUUGCCAAAAUAACAGCUCAUGAAAGGUGCCAACACUCUCUUCUCAGAUGACCUCUGCAGCCCUUUGACACUGAAGAAGGCAGCACGAUUUAAUCUUCAGGCAAUCUCUGGUACAACCGAACCCCGGCAAUGCCUGCGCUAUUGCCUCCAGGCUGGCUCAGCGUCGCCGGUGGGGAAUUCGUAACACCCAGCCGCUGGCGUCUUCUCCUGGCGGAAGCUCAACCAUUUGAAGAGAAGGGGAGGGAAAAAAAUCCCAAUCAGGACGUUUGCACAUGCUGUUCUCAGCUUGCUCGCCUGGGUGUUUUGUUGAAGGACUGGGACAUCUGCAGAGUAGGGGGAGCGGCGGCUGCAGCGUGCCCUGCUCGGGGCUGAAGUUCCUCCAGCGCCGGGCGCUGUCAGGGCGCGCAGCCGGGGGCGAGCAGCGGGGCGGAUCGCGCUACCCGGAGCGUACGCAGACAGACGUGAUUAAAAUUCAAGUCUCAUGGCCUCUGGCAUAAACAGCAUUCAUCAGCCCGGGACUUGCAAUGGAUCUAAAGCCGCUCGCAGCAGCUCGGCGGAGGAAUGCAGUCGGGAAAUGCACGUGAAAAUGUGCAAGAAGAUUGCCCAGCUCACUAAGGUGAUAUAUGCCCUGAAUACUAAGAAUGAUGAACAUGAGGACAGUAUACAGGCUCUGAGAGAGGCUCAUGAAGAAGAAAUUCAGAAUAUUCUUGCUGAGACCAGAGAAACAAUUCUCCAGUGUAAAAGCAAAGUUGAGGAAGAACAGUUACUGAGAAAGCAUAUUCAGGCCCUUGAAAUUGCAGUAGCACAACACAAGAGAUUGAAGGAAGAAGCCUUGGCAGAGUUAGUAUUGUGUAAAAAGCAAGCAGAAGAGAAGGAGUCAAGAACAGAAGUGAAGCAAGCACAGACAGGCCUUUCUACACACACAGUAGAUACCAAUGCAGGCUUUGAAAACAAACUUUUACAUUUAAAUCAGGAGUUUGAUGGACUGCUAAAUGAAUGCAAAGCAUUUAGAGGAGAAAAUCUAGAUAAAAAAGCAAAUUUAGAUGAAAAAUGUAGUGUGGAAAGACGCACUGUAAUAAAUGAGAUGGAAGACCUGAAGGGCGAGAACCAGAAAACCACUGAAGAAUAUACUCAGAAAACAAGAAAACUGCAAGCCCCUUGUGAGACAGAAAAAGAGACUUUGAAAAAUGCCAUGCAGCAAUCUGCGAUAGAAACAAACUGUCAGCAAAGAGAAAAAGAGCAAAAGAAGAGCUCAGAGACUGAGCAAGGUUUUUUGCUGCGGCAGGUAAAGAAGCUGGAAGCAGACCUAGAGGAGAAAAACCAGAAGAUAAAUGAGAGAAAGAAGCAUUCCCAGAAGCUGAAGGAGCAAAUACAGGACCUCCAGACACAGCUAGAUGAAUUUAAAAGAAAAUCUGAGUGUGAACUGAAGCAACUAGAGAAAGAGAAAGAAGUUCUAACUGGGAAACUUCAAAACUCUUCACUGGAGGUGGCUCAGCUGAAGCAAAUAUUAGAACAACAAGCAAAUAAUUUCAAGGAGUCACUUAAGAAACAUAAUCUACAGUCUAACAAAGAAAAAGAGAAGCUUUUGCAGGAUCUUCAAAACACCAUUAAGGAAAACCAAAAUGUUAAACAGCAGUUGGAGGCAUCACAUCAAAAAGUCUUAAAAAUGUUGGAGAAAAGCAAAAAUCAGGAACUCAAGGAGACAGAAGAACGUUUGAAAAAGGAAUUUAAUGAGACUUUCAAGAUCCAACAUCAGUCUCAUAGGCUGGAAAUACAAACCUUGGAAGAAAAAGCAAAGAAAAAAUUACAUUAUGAACUUGAGCAGAUACAGAAGCAGCAAACCCUGUUGCUAGGAUCUCUAAGGAUGGAACUCUCUGAGCAACAGACAUCAUGCACAAACCUAAAGAAACAAAUAGAAGAGCUACAAAUGGAGCUGAGGAGUGUGAGGACACUGAAGAAACAACAGGAAGGAAGUAGCCAAAGCCAGAUCAGAUCUCUUCACGAUGAACUGGAAAAAUGUCAGAGUGAAAUUUCUGAACUCAAGAAAGAGAAUUUACUUUUGAAAGACACAAUGGAGCUACUCAGUGCUGAGUUGGAAUCACAGAAGCAAGAAGCUGUGCAGCUUCAGGAUAGAGAUAAACAGCAUAGAAGACUUAAAGAAUUAGAAGAAAAGUCAAGAAAGUGGGAGUCCAGGCCUGAAGAUACACAUCUUAUAAACUGUCUGCAAGACAAAUUAAGUGACAGAGAAGAGAUGAUCAAGCAGCUGGUGGAAGAAAGAAAGUGUCAGCAUUCACUAUCAGCCAACACAGAAUCUUACAGGAAUCGGUCAUUUUCUUUCAACCCUAACACAGCGUGCCUGACUCCCUCCAUGAAGCAGAAGAAGAAAACGGUCGAGGCGCCCAGUCGUGUUGUGAGUGUUCCGAAUUUAGCUUCCUACGCAAAGAGCUUUUUGAGCUGUGACUUAAGAUCAAAAAGAAGUGCUCCUCAAAUAACAAAAUCUACAAGCUUAGACCGGAGUCCUGGCUGCCUCAGGGUGGGCUCUCCAUCAACACAGUCCUCAGACAGCAGUGCUGCCACAAGGACACGUGGCGAUCAACCACCACAAACCAAAGAUGACCAAAAGCAAGACCCUCAGCAUCAAGAAUGGUUUACUAAGUUUUUUUCAUUUUAAAGCAAACUAUUUCCAUACUUCUCAGAAUUCCUAUAAAAGUAAUUCCUGUUUUCUUUUUAGGAAUGAUAAUCCAAUAGAUGAUUUAAGGGAAGAAAAAAAAGUAAUUUCCAAGUAAAGUUAGGAAGUACCUGUGCUCUCUUUUAUCUAUGGAGUUACAGGCACAAAUUCCAGGAAAAUGCAUUUUUUUUCACAACUCAUGUAAAAAAAUGAAGUUUGGAUACAGUUAUGCAAAAAGACUUUUUAAUCAAGAGACUGUACCACUCCACAAUUUCAUUAAAUACAGAAUUUGGACUCUGAUACGUUCUGUCAAUUUGGCACCAGCUGAAAAUCGAU